GAGUCUGCGGGUGGUCGACGCUUUGUUUUUUAUUUUGGGGGGCUUUAAAACUACCACUAAAGCAGGUAAACACCACCACCUGCACACCUGGACUAAGGGUUAUUUAAUAAUACAGCAUUGUAUCCAGGUAGUAGUGGUAAAAGCUAAUAAAGUUACAGGUCCCAGAGCAGCUGAUGGAUGAGCGGGUAUCAGAGUUAUUCGGCUCCUCAGGACAUAAUGGACCUCACGGCUCUGGAUCUCAGGGUGGAAGCGGCUUCAUGGUAGCCUCCAAGAAAGCCUGGGUGAAGAACAACAAGAAAGCCAACAAGACUCGAUACACUCGCGGCUUCAAACCGAGCAAUAACACCCCGUAUCUACCUCCAGAGGCUGAAGAGGGAAAUAUAGAGUACAAGCUGAAGCUGGUGAACCCUACGCAGUACCGUUUUGAGCACCUGGCUACACAAAUGAAAUGGCGGCUGCAGGAGGGUCGAGGCGAAGCUGUUUACCAAAUAGGUGUGGAGGACAAUGGCUUGCUGGUGGGACUACCGGAGGAGGACAUGAGGACAUCGCUGAAGACGCUCCAUAAGCUGGCAGAGAAGGUUGGAGCCGACAUCACUGUCCUCAGAGAAAGAGAGGUGGACUAUGACUCUGAUGUGCCUCGUAAGAUCGCUGAAGUUCUCAUUCGCAAGGUGCCAGAUGACCAGCAGUUCUUGGACCUGCGAGUUGCCGUACUGGGUAAUGUGGACUCGGGCAAGUCCACUCUGCUGGGCGUUUUGACACAGGGCGAGCUGGACAAUGGACGGGGACGAACGAGGCUCAACCUCUUCAGACAUCUGCAUGAGAUCCAGACUGGGCGCACCUCAAGCAUCAGCUUCGAGAUCCUUGGCUUUAAUAGUAAAGGAGAGGUUGUGAAUUACAGCGAGUCUCGAACAGCAGAGGAGAUCUGUGAGAGGGCCUCUAAAAUGAUCACAUUCAUUGAUCUGGCGGGUCACCACAAGUACCUGAAGACCACCAUCUUUGGCCUCACCAGCUACUGUCCGGAUUUCGCUAUGCUGGUCGUCAGCGCAAAUACCGGCAUUGCUGGAACGACACGGGAGCACCUGGGACUCGCCAUGGCCCUGAAGGUGCCCAUCUUCAUCGUCAUCAGUAAGGUGGACCUCUGUACGCGAGCCACAGUGGAGCGCACUGUGCGGCAGCUGGAGCGUGUCCUGAAGCAGCCGGGCUGUAACAAGGUGCCCAUAGUUGUCAGCAGUACGGACGAUGCCGUCACGGCAGCGCAGCAGUUCGCCCAGUCACCCAACAUCACGCCCAUCUUCACCCUGUCCAGCGUGUCUGGAGAGAGUCUAGACUUGCUUAAGGUCUUUUUCAACAUCCUCCCUCCUCUCAGCAACAGCAAGGAGCAGGAGGAGCUCAUGCAACAGCUCACUGAGUUUCAGGUGGAUGAGAUCUACACAGUGCCAGAGGUGGGGACUGUGGUGGGAGGUACUCUGUACAGUGGUAUUUGCCGUGAGGGAGACGAUCUUGUGGUAGGGCCCACAGACUCGGGCCAGUUCCACAAGUUGACCAUCGGGAGCAUCCAAAGAAACCGCUCAGGGUGCAGGGUGCUCAGGGCUGGCCAGGCUGCCACACUCGCCCUGGGCAACUUCGACCGCUCACUACUACGCAAGGGCAUGGUGAUGGUGAGCCCGGAGAUGGAUCCUACCAUCUGCUGGAUGUUUGAGGCGGAAAUUGUGCUGCUCUUCCACGCCAAGACCUUCCACAAGGGCUUCCAGGUCACUGUGCACAUUGGCAACGUGAGACAGACCGCCACUGUGGAAGCUGUAUACGGCAAGGAGGAGCUGAGGACAGGCGAAAAAGCAGUGGUCCUCUUCAAGUUCUUCAAGCAUCCAGAGUACCUGAAAGUGGGAGCUAAGGUGCUCUUCAGAGAGGGCGUGACUAAAGGUAUCGGCCACAUCACCAAGUUGCAGCCCAUCGCCCAGUACCGGCCGUCCCAAAGCGAGGACGAAGACGCCUAAAGUUUGUCGGAGAAAACAACAGAAAACACCGUCCCACAUAAAAACAAGAUGCUUUAUAAACCUCCUGCUUUCUCCAAA